GAGUGCACCAGUCCCUACAUCGUCUCAAAGCUCGCUGCAGAGAUGAUCUUGGUCAGGCUUUGUCCCUGGGCAGUUGUGGUGCGCCCAGGGUUGGUGGUGUGGCAUUCGAAGACUGGCAGUUACAGCACCGAUGACGGCCCGACACGUCUAGCACGGUGGAUGAAAGCUGAAAGCCUGUGCUGGAACACGGAGGACCACGGCGACUGGAUGGACGGUAUGAACGUGGAUAAAUUCUGUCAAGCGGCGCUAAAAGUCUUUGAGCAUGGAGCUCCAGAGACGUACAGCAUGACCGGCAACUACGGGCUUGCUACCCUGCUCGAACACCUUCCAGUCGCCUGCACGAUGCUGCCGUACUCUGAAUGGUAUGCAGCCGUCGUCCGAAGCCAGAAAUCCUGCGACCCUCUGGCAGCGCUGCUGCCACACAUUGAGGCCGAUCAGCCGCCCUUUGCAUCUUUUGGCCAAGAUCUAUCUCCGAAGUGCAGGAAGGUGCUGGGUGAGCAGCUGGCCAACGAACUGCGACAGGUCUCUGGCUACGCGGCUUUUGCACGUGCCUUGUCGUGA